AUGGCAACCAGGCUUUACAAGCACGUUCGGAUUUUGAAGGUAAGAGCUGAAUUACGCAGAAUUGAAGGAUUUGAUAGUACUUUCGAUAGUUCAGUCUUGAAGGAUUUCAAAGACUUCUUUGUUACUAGGGAUCUGGGUAAGUUAUUCCAGUCUUCCAGAAACAGUUUUCACUGCGAAGGUGCGUGCCCUCUCUGAGAAUUUUUCUUUGGAGGGGGGCCAGUAGAUUAAAAUUACAAUUUCUUGUGUUUUUCGGGUGGUUAUCGGAGCUUUUUGUUAACGAUGUGAUUAGAUAGUGAAGCAGUGUUCCAUUUAUCCUUUUGAAAGCAAGUGCACAGCGAUUUAUGUAUGCUUCAUUGUAAAAGGGGAACCAGCUUAAAUUGUUAAACAAAGUUACUGUUCGCCAAGUGCGAAGGGCAUUUAGAAUGAUACGUGCGGCCCGUUUUUGCAUUCGGUUAACUAUCUCAAGUAGCAUUUUAUUGUACGAUGUCCAUACUGCAUACAUACGUGAGUGGUUUUAUGACUGCGUUAAAGCAAAUUAUUCUCUGAUUUUUCUUCAAGUAUGGGCUGGUAUAGCUUUAAAGGCCGAGUCGCUUGGAGAGCUUGUUGCAGAGUUCAUCGACGUGUACUUCGUGUGCCGAGUUUUAGUCGAAGCUUAGAAAACGCAAAGUAAAUAUAACAUUGAGACAACGUAAAGCGUUCUGCUUUAUUUUUAUUAAUACUGAUAUUUUUUAUCCCUCUGUUGCAAUCGCUAAAAUUCUCUUGCAAUUAAGCAAUAGACCACACCACUUUCUAUGGGUUUACCGGCGUGAUAAACCACGCGGGAUGUUGGAAGAACACGAGAAAAGCUUGUAAAUCACGAGCUGAAGGAGAGUGAAAGUGUGGUCUAUUGCGUUUAUAAAAUAACUUUAAGUUUUCUAUUAGUUUACCGGUACAAUAAAGCAUAGGUUUUUAACCAAUCGGAAUGCGCGUACUAUCUUAGUAUUUUUAUAAAUACUUACAAUAUCAGGUAUUUACCAUAUUAUUAUAAAACUUUGAUUGACUUGAGUAAGAUAAAUACUAAGUCUUUGGUUGACUUAAAAAUCUUGCGUGACCCAGCUAAGAUAUUGACAUUGUUUUAUUCUCUUUAUAGUGAACAUCGGACUAACUUAACCGUCUUAUAAAACCAUGAAAGUGCUCGUACCGUUUGUGGUAGUGUUCCUGAUGGCAUUUGUCCCCUCCUGUCUCGGUAUGUUCCCUAAGUAUUCUGCUCAGCUAUUUGAGCCUUGUUCUAAUGUAACCUUUCCUUAGAAAAUACACCUGUACAUACUAUGAGCGAAGUGUCAACAAUAUUUGCGAGGAACUAAAAAUCAAAGUCGCCGAUUAAAUUGUAUGAAAUCGGACCAUUGUGAGAAUUAUAUUCGAUUUGACUCUUUCCUGUCUCAUAAUGGUAAUAGCUCUGAUUCGUGUUCAAUUUAGACUAGCUAAAAAUAGACCUUUUCACGGUUUAUGGCGCCAUCUUGGCUGGGGGGCAAACACGGCUAAAAUUACAGUGAAUGUAUGGGAUUUUGGCCCACAUGAAACCGCUGUAACGCCGUUACAUUCACUGUAAUCGUAGCCGUGUUUGCCCCGCCCCAGCCAGGAGCAAGCCAAGAUGGCGUCAUAAACCGUGAAAAGGUCUAUCUUCACCAAGCCUCUUUUGCAAAAAGGCCAUUUUACAGUUAUGGAUGGAAGCGAGGCUGACUGUGACCUUGUUUUGAUACAAACCUUCCUCUUUUAUUAUGUACAGAAAGUUAUUCUUAUUCUAACCAGUAUUUUUCAAGGACAAUUUCCAUGGCAAAGCAAAGGAGGUUUGUAUCAAAACAAGGUCACCGUCAGCCUCACAUUCACUCGAAGGCUAGGUACUAAAUCCACAACUGUAAAAUGGUCUAUUAAACUCUUUGCAUUGUCUCUUCUUGUUCGUGAGUUCCUAGCGAUAAAUUCUCAGCUCAGUUAGGAUGAAGAUAUUAUAAUGGAGAGUGAGCGGUGCACGCCAUCCGAAAGUGAGCCUUUUUCUCUUUUUAUACUAAUAGCAUGAGAAAUUUCUGCAAUUUGAUAGGCUUAGAGCAGUGGUAUUUCAGCUUAAUUUGAAAUACCUUCAUGUGAAAAUUACAAACCUUUUGCGGGCAGUAGUAUAAACAAAUAAUAGCAUGAUUUGUACGUGAUAUUUCAGCAUAAAUAUCACUCUUGAUAUUUUAAAAUUGUCCCAAAUUUCGGCUCGUGAAAUUACGUAUAACAAUUUUUUAUGCCAAAUAUCACUACAGAUCAUGCUAUUACCUACACUAAUAUGCUUUGACGCUACCAAAUUUGUAUUGCUAAGUGUCUUUACUCUUAUAGAGACGAUUUGCCCAAGAAUUUGUUCAAAAUCACGGCCGAGGAGUGAAAAAAAGUCUACUUCCGCUUUACGUUUGUCCCUCAAAAACGUCGUUGCUAAAGCUCACUAUCAUGAUAUCUCCAUCCUAACUGAACUGAGAAUUUAUUGCUGCAAACUUUGCAGAUAAACAAAAGGAUUAUGGUGAAAAUUUGCCCUUACAACAUGCACGAGAGCUAUUAAGUUUUAGUUUCAUUCUGGGGGAGGACUACAGAACUUUGCUUGCUGUUAAAACUUGAUAUACUAACAAUGAUCUAAUAAUUAGUUUAAUUUGGGAUCAAUGCACACUUUACACAAUUGCGAGACUUACAAAAACCAUACAUGCAUGGAAAGUCAUUCUACAAAGAAUAGCAAUUCAAAAUUUUAACACACUCUUCUCCUGUAAAGGUUUAAAGAAUUUAUAUACGUGAAAACACAGCUACAAUGUAGCUAGUGUUCAACUGAGUGUGACUGGAGGUAUGACAUUGUGAUCGUCUCAGUGAUCCCCGAAUCAGUCAUAGCAGCAAUUCCGAUGAAGUCUAGAUUUUUAUAUUUUUGGUAAAAUAACAAAGAUAGUACACGCACUCUGAUUAACCGAGAAAUGGGUUUGUAUAGGUGAUUUACAGUAUUCCCUAUCCCUAUCACUACAAAAGCCACACUACAAUACAAAAACUUAAAGCUUGUUAUCCUAAAUAAAGUCAUUAUUUCAAGAGAUAAUAUAUUUCUAAGCUUUAUUCAGCCUUACAAGUGGAAGACAAGUGUUUCCUCAUGAAAAAGAAGUGAAGUUUCUACUAUUAACCAGGAGAGUUCGCUUCCCAGUUGUAUUGUAGUAGUUAACAAUUAACCGUUAACCGUUUUACAGGACAUUUUAGCGUUUUACAGGACAUUUUUAAAAGCGUUGCUGUUCGCUUUUUCAAAGACCUGACUGAAAAUUACUUUGGGUAUUGGUAAAUUUAUACCUGAAAAUAAUAAAACAACUUGCUUUACUAUGAAAAUUACUUUGAGAAAGUUAGAAACGGCGUUUCCAAGGUGGUCCGCAAGCAAAUUUCCUUUCUCUGCUGUGAAUUUUUUUUAAAUAAUUUAUUUAUUAAACAAUAUUUGACAUUACAUUACAAUAAAAUUUACAAUAACAGGCCAGCAAAUAAAAAGGAGGCGAAACAGUAAAAAAAUAAACAAAAAAACAAACAAGCAAAAAAAAAGCAAAAUAUGAAGGUUCAACAGAUUAGCAACAACUAGCAGAACAAAUAGAAAAAUAAUCGUAGUGCGCGUUUGCUAAAUUACUACAAAUCAACACUAAUCAGAAAUGCACAGGGUGGUCCACUUAUUUCUGUAUUUGUUAAGGUUUCCGUUUGUUAUUGCAGUUUCUCUUUCGCACUGGAUUUCUCUGCUGUGAAGUGACGAAAACAGAACAGACCUUUUUUGCUUGUAUGUUUUGUUUUCUCAUUUCAGCCCAUGUGAUGGUACCCCAGAGAACUGUUUCUUUUAAAUGCAAUCUUAUGCCCGUGCAUCCAUGUGCAUGUGUAGGCAUAAUUUUAAAAUGAAACGACAAAAGGCAACUUCCCUGGAGAACAUCACGUAGUAUGAAUUGAGAAAAAAAAACAUACAAGCCUGAUUUCUACUGACAACUUCUUACUUUUUUCAGCUAUAAACAAAUUUGUACAAACAUGUCAUAUGAACUGAUUACGCCACUAUUAAGAAUUUCUCUUGCGUAAUAAACAAAGAGUUUUUGCUCCUUUUUCUAGGGAAAAGUUAAUUGAUAAAAGCAAUAGGGAACUUUUUUCUGUGUUUGCAUAGCCGAGGGGUUGAGAGAAAUCUCCACAGUUGUGCAGACCCUGACUUCGUCUGGAGUUGGCAUAACUUUCUCGAAUUCUCCCAACACCGUAACCCUCCCGGUUUUAUAUCAGGCUAUAAAAAUAAGCAGUAGAGAAAACGUUUUCUAUUGCUUAAAUAGCUUUCUCCUUUAACUCGUUAACUUGGUUUCACUCAGUAAUAGACUGAAAAUACAACAGAACGAACAACUAUUCUGUCUGUUUGCAGGAGGCUGUGACCUAACCUGGUACAAAGGGAACAAAUUCAUGAACAGUGCACGUGUUCACACUGGCUUCGUGGGACUCAUGCGGAAAAUUAAUGAUUUUGCUUCCUCGUGCGUCGUAAAGGUAUGAUACAUGCAUGAUUCACGUAAGCAACAUCAUACUGUUUAAAGAGGGCAGACGGCAAAUUGCUGUUGCUCGAAAUAUCUGAAAGUCUAAAAAAUAGAAAAUCUAAACGCCGUAACUGUUCGUCAGUAGGAUGCCUAACAUAAAUGUGUACAUGUACAUGUACAGUGCCUCAACUGGUCUCGGCUCCAUCAAAUCCUAUACCAGUUGUGGAACAUUUUACGAGGAGGCACCCACAACGUGAGCACAGUUACCGACAAGGUGUAUGAGUAGGAAACAACAAAAGAAAUUUAAUGCGUUAGAUAAUUAACUAAAUAUACACGUCACUCGGGUGAACUUGGCCCAUGGCGCAGAUUCCUUAGCUUACGGGCAGGUCUUCGAAUCGACAGUUGCUCGAUUUCCUCAACAUCCAAUCCGUCCGUCGAACUGUCGAACCAAUUGAGUUCAUUCAUGUCUCCCUUGUUUUGCUCUCAUCCCAACUUUCUCCCCGAACUCGCGCGGAAACGCUUGCUACGCAGGCUAAGAUGCUUCUCGCAUUCAACGCUUUCCUUUGAGGCAGAAAACAAUAUUUCACUAUCUAUAUAAUGUUGAAUAAUAAUUGCAUUGCCGGUAGAUUUCCUGUCGUUGUUUAAAUAACAGCUGCGAACUAAACCAGUUUACUUUCCCACUAGCCAAGCGAGUGGCUGAGUGACGUCUGAUAAAACUAUUUAAUUCGCAGGUCUAUGUCACCAGUUCUUUCCGAAAAUCCGGACAAGACGUAAGUGGAGCCAUCGUGAAACCAGCGAGACGUAGCAACCACUUCGUUGGUCAUGCAAUUGACAUGAAUGCAGUGGACAAAAAUGGAAAGUGGUGCAACAGUGGAUGUCUCCGUUACUCAUUGAAUCAGAAUCCAGAUGUGAAGUGCUUUAUUGAGAAGAUCCGCAAAGAUCCAGAUCUUCGCUGGGGAGGAGAUUUUAAAACGCCAGAUGUUGUCCACAUUGAUGACAGCAUCAAUUGGCGAAAACGAAGCGUCUAUGACCAGCUUUACAACACCCUACAGAAACACUGCUAAAACGUCAAGACGUACUGUUUCAGCUGGCUGGUAUGACCACGGUGAACAACUUGCACCAAAUAAAGCCACGAGAACCAAAUACUGAGAUAAGAAAUUAAAAUAACAUGAAAUUCAAACUAUGAGCUGUAAUUUAGCUUAAACAACGUCUGACAGCUUAAUUUGUAACAUGG